CCAGCCAGCAAGUUUUGGGAAAGCCCGGAGACGGUGUCCCAGCUGGACUCAGUGCGAGUCUGGUUGGGCAAGCACUACAAGAAGUAUGUUCAUGCUGAUGCUCCUACCAAUAAAACACUGGCUGGUCUUGUGGUACAACUUCUCCAGUUCCAGGAAGAUGCCUUUGGGAAGCAUGUCACCAAUCCAGCCUUCACCAAACUCCCUGCAAAAUGCUUCAUGGAUUUUAAAGCUGGAGGCACCUUAUGUCAUAUUCUUGGGGCUGCUUACAAGUAUAAAAAUGAACAGGGCUGGCGGAGGUUUGACCUACAGAAUCCAUCCCGAAUGGAUCGAAAUGUUGAAAUGUUUAUGAACAUUGAGAAAACAUUGGUGCAGAGUAAUUGUCUGACCAGACCCAACAUCUACCUCAUUCCAGACAUCGAUCUGAAGUUGGCUAACAAAUUGAAAGAUAUCAUCAAACGACAUCAGGGAACAUAUACUGAUGAGAAGUCAAAAGCUUCCCACCACAUAUAUACAUAUCCUUCCUCACAAGAUGACGAAGAGUGGUUGAGACCGGUGAUGAGAAAAGAUAAACAGGUGCUAGUGCAUUGGGGGUUUUAUCCAGACAGCUAUGAUACUUGGGUCCACAGCAGUGAUGUUGAUGCUGAAAUUGAAGAUCCACCAAUUCCAGAAAAACCAUGGAAGGUUCAUGCGAAAUGGAUUUUGGAUACUGAUAUUUUUAAUGAAUGGAUGAAUGAGGAAGAUUAUGAAGUGGAUGAGAACAGGAAGCCUGUGAGUUUUCGGCAGCGAAUUUCAACAAAGAAUGAAGAGCCAGUCCGAAGUCCAGAGAGAAGAGAUAGAAAAGCAGCAGCUAAUGCUCGAAAGAGGAAACAUUCACCUUCCCCUCCCCCUCCUACACCCACAGAAUCACGGAAGAAGAGUGGGAAAAAAGGCCAAACUAGUCUUUAUGGGAAACGUAGAAGUCAGAAAGAAGAAGAAGAGCAAGAAGAUCUUACCAAGGAUAUGGAGGAUCCAACACCUGUACCCAACAUAGAGGAAGUGGUACUUCCCAAAAAUGUGAACCCAAAGAAAGAUAGUGAAAAUACACCUGUGAAAGGAGGAACUGUUGCAGACUUGGAUGAACAGGAUGAAGAAACAGUCACAGCAGGAGGAAAGGAAGAUGAAGAUCCUAGCAAAGGUGAUCAGAGUCGGUCAGUUGACCCUAGUGAAGAUAACGUAACAGAGCAGACCAAUCACAUUAUUAUUCCAAGCUAUGCAUCAUGGUUUGAUUAUAACUGUAUUCACGUGAUUGAACGACGUGCUCUUCCUGAGUUUUUCAAUGGAAAAAACAAAUCCAAGACUCCAGAAAUAUACCUGGCAUAUCGAAAUUUCAUGAUCGAUACCUAUCGUCUGAACCCUCAAGAGUAUUUAACCAGCACUGCUUGUCGGAGGAACUUGACUGGUGAUGUCUGUGCUGUGAUGAGGGUCCAUGCUUUUUUAGAGCAAUGGGGGCUUGUUAAUUACCAAGUAGAUCCUGAAAGUCGACCUAUGGCAAUGGGACCUCCUCCUACUCCUCAUUUCAAUGUAUUAGCUGAUACCCCCUCUGGGCUUGUGCCUCUUCACCUUCGAUCACCUCAGAUCCCUGCUGCCCAGCAGAUGUUAAAUUUUCCCGAGAAGAACAAGGAAAAACCAAUUGAUUUGCAGAACUUUGGUCUUCGUACUGACAUUUAUUCUAAGAAAACCUUAGCAAAGAGUAAAGGUGCUAGUGCUGGAAGAGAGUGGACUGAACAGGAGACCCUUCUGCUUCUGGAGGCCCUGGAGAUGUAUAAGGAUGAUUGGAACAAAGUGUCAGAACAUGUUGGAAGUCGUACUCAGGAUGAAUGCAUCCUCCACUUUUUGAGGCUUCCUAUUGAGGAUCCAUACCUUGAGAAUUCAGAUGCUUCCCUUGGUCCUCUAGCCUAUCAGCCUGUCCCCUUCAGUCAGUCAGGAAACCCAGUCAUGAGCACUGUUGCUUUCUUGGCAUCUGUGGUAGACCCCCGUGUGGCAUCUGCUGCAGCAAAAGCAGCUUUGGAGGAGUUUUCUCGGGUCCGAGAGGAGGUACCUUUGGAAUUGGUUGAAGCUCAUGUCAAAAAAGUGCAAGACGCUGCACGAGCCUCUGGGAAAGUAGAUCCCACCUACGGACUAGAGAGCAGCUGUAUUGCAGGCACGGGGCCUGAUGAGCCAGAGAAGCUUGAAGGAGUUGAAGAGGAAAAAAUGGAAACGGACACUGAUGGUCAGCCGUCUGAAAAGACGGAAAACAAAGGUGAAAAUGAAAUGAAUGAUGGUGAUAAAGCACAAGAUGGAGAAAAUGAAAAAACUAGUGAGAAGGAACAGGAUAGUGAACUUAGUGAGGAUAUUAAAUCAGAAGAAAAGGAGGCUGAAGAGAACAAGGAACUCACUGAUACAUGUAAAGAAAGAGAAAGUGAUAUCGGGAAGAAGAAAGUAGAACAUGAAAUUUCUGAAGGAAAUGUAGCCACAGCCGCAGCAGCUGCUCUUGCCUCAGCUGCAACUAAAGCCAAGCACCUGGCUGCAGUGGAAGAGAGAAAGAUUAAGUCCCUAGUAGCGCUCCUGGUUGAGACACAAAUGAAGAAAUUAGAGAUCAAACUUCGACAUUUUGAAGAACUGGAAACAAUCAUGGACAGAGAGAAAGAAGCUCUAGAACAACAGAGGCAGCAAUUGCUUACUGAACGCCAGAACUUCCACAUGGAACAGCUGAAAUAUGCUGAAUUACGAGCCCGACAGCAAAUGGAACAGCAGCAGCACGGGCAGAACCCUCAGGCGGCACACCAGCACUCAGGAGGACCUGGCCUGGCCCCACUUGGAGCGGCUGGGCACCCUAGCAUGAUGCCUCAUCAGCAGCCCCCUCCUUAUCCUCUGAUGCACCACCAGAUGCCACCACCUCAUCCACCCCAGCCAGGUCAGAUACCAGGCCCAGGUUCCAUGAUGCCUGGGCAGCCCAUGCCAGGCCGCAUGAUUCCCACUGUUGCAGCUAACAUCCAUCCCUCUGGGAGUGGUCCUACACCUCCUGGUAUGCCACCAAUACCAGGAAACAUCUUAGGACCACGGGUUCCCCUCACGGCUCCUAACGGCAUGUAUCCCCCUCCACCACAGCAGCCGCCGCUGCCACCACCCACAGAUGGGGUCCCUCCGCCUCCUGCUCCAGGCCCUCCAGCCUCAGCUGCUCCCUAACCUGUAAGAUGGAGGGAAUUUCCAUGCCCAGUGCCACCAGCUGGAGUGCGGAUGACAAGACUUGUGCUCCUCAGCUCCCUUGGGUUUCUUCAGGAUUUUUUCUUCUCAUAGCCCCAAGCACGUGUCCCACAUCUCCCCUUUCCUUCUCCCUUGAACCCCUUCCAUGCUCUGACACCUCUUGUAUCAGGUCCUCAGCUCUCAAAGAGAAACCUGUGCUGACAGUGUGCCCUAGUCAUCCUAAAAGUAGCUGGUGUCUCCCCUGUCCUCAUGUGGGGUAGGUUGCCAGGUUAUCUGUAGGUCCUGUCAAUAUUAGUAUGCUAUAUAUCUUUAUGAUUUUAGCUCUUCUGCAGUUUUUCCUUUGUCUUUUCCUUUUAUGAUAAUACUUUUUACUAUCAUUAAUGUUUUUUUUUUCCCCUCUCUGUUGUCAUUGUUUUAAAAGAGAGCAUCCUAAGUUAAUAGGAACCAAAAAAAUGGUGAUGGGCGGGGCAUAGCCACAGGGGACAAACUUUAAGGCAUUAUAAGUGACCUUAUUUCUGCUUAUCUGAGCUAAGAAUGGUUUUGACGGUGAAGUCUCCUAAGGCAUUUGCCACAC